AUGACGAUGAUGACUGGCUCGACUCAACUUCCCUGCUCGCUCUCCCUCUGUCUCCGGCGUCGAUUCUCGGCAUCCGCCGCAUCGGCCAGCAGCUCCUCCGGAACAGCCGUCCCCGCCCACCCACCGAGGCCGGUGAUCGAUUACAACAGGAUCACGGCGAACAGGAAUGCGUGUGCGAAGAAUCUGGUGGAUCGGAAGUCUCAUCUGACGCCCGACGCGAUCGAGGACGUGGCCUAUCUCUACGCCGAGUUCAAGAACCUGUCCAAGAAACUGGUCGAAGCCAAGCAGCGCCAGAACUCGCUUGGAAACAAGAUCAAGGAGGCCAUCGGUAGCCUGACUCCUGGCACGAAAGACGGCUUGCAGGAUCGGGGACGGGACGACGAGGAGCUCUCGAUGAACCAGUCACCGCCGCUAAGCAAGAGGACAAACGAUUCGCUUCAUCAAUCACUCGGAAGAGGGAAUGCAAGUAGCAACUGA